AACAAAAUGGCCGCGAAAUACCAAUUAUUAUACUACUUGUAAUCUAUACAUAUCUUAUUCUAGUUUCUGCCGGUUUUCAAAAAUCGAAACAAAACGUAGAAGGGCACGAAAAAAUCGAAACAGAAAGUAGAAAAACACGGAAGUAAAUACUGGCUCUUAAUGGUUUGUUUCGAGGUUGCGACACAGUUAUAAACACGUCAUUUAGCGAAACAGACACCUUAGAUUGAAAGGAGUACAAUGGACGGAAAACUCUCUCAAAGUAACAAGGAGCAACUGGAGUAUUUUGUAGGUCUCGGUCCCCGUCGUUUUACCCUGCUUUACAGCAUCACACGAGAUGGUUGCUCAUCAGAUACGUUUCACCAAAGGUGUGACUACCAGGGUCCAACUGUCACCGUGUUAUAUAACCAACAAGGCUCCGUAUACGGUGGUUACACAUCGGCUAGUUGGUCAAGCAAUGGCACAAACACAAGAGACGAAAAGGCAUUUCUGUUUCAGCUCCAAUAUUCUGGUAGCAAUAGGCCUAAAAAGUUUCCAAUAACAAAUACUGCAUACAGUAUAUAUUGUGAACCAUCGUAUGGUCCAAUGUUUGGUGGAUAUACAGCGUAUGACAUGAACAGCUUUUCUGGAACCAUCAACAAAUCAGGGACGUAUUACCAACUCAACGGAAGCUGUACCUAUGGAGCGAAUUACGCAAUGUCAGGAGUAUCAUCAUGGAACGAGAUACACAACGGGAAUUUGCAAGUUACUGAAUUAGAAGUAUACAGCGUCUGUGUUCAGCCAUCUACUAGAAGUGCAUCGACAGGAACUGACGACAAGGAGUUCGUAGCGUGGGGAAAGCAUCCAGAGUUUGGCGAUGAGCUGCGACAAGAACUUUUACAAGAAAUCGCUUCAAUGCAGCCAUACUCGGAACUAAAACUGCAGGAAUACAGAGUCUUGCUAAUCGGUCCUGUCGGAGCUGGAAAGUCUAGCUUUGUAAACACUGUGUGCUCCGCAUUUAAAGGCAGAAUUGUUCAGAGAGCAAGCUGCGGAGAGGAACAACAUAGCUUUACUAAAUCUUACCAAGCAUAUAAUGUGAAGACGAAGAAGAAUGCAUCUCUCCAUUUCCGCCUGUGUGACACUCGCGGUCUGGAGCCAGAUCUCGGGAUCAACAUUAAAGAGUUUGACUACCUUGUGAACGGUCACGUGCCCGAGAAAUACGAGUUUAACGCGGAGGCUUCGAUUUCAUUGGAAGAUAAAAUGUUCGUAGUGAAACCAUCGUUAGCAGAGAAGGUCCAUUGUGUCGUUUUUGUCAUCGAUGCUUCAACUUUGAAUAAACUCGACCCAGAUGUGAUGAAAAAAAUGAAGGAGUUCGUCAAAAUUACCGCAAGAGGAAACACAAAGCAGGCCUUACUUCUUACCAAGAUCGAUAUUGCCGACAGCUGUGUGAAGGAAAGUCCUAAACACGCUUUUAAAAGUAGAAGGAUACAAGAUGUCGUUGUGACGGCUUCCAAAAUGUUUGGCUUUCCGAGGUACAGCAUUCUGCCUGUUAAGAAUUAUGAGGAGGAAGCGGAGAUGCGAGAAGUUGUGGAUAUUUUGGCCCUUCUUGCUUUGCGCAAAAUAUUGCACUUCGCUGAGGAUUAUAUGGAUGGCAUUUUGAACGACAGGGGCAUAGGCGCGGAAAGUUUGCUCUAUUCUGAGAGUGACGAUUUGGCUCUUGAGUCUGAAGCUGCCUCGGAAUCCGCUUAAUUCAAAGCGGAGAUAUACUACUGUUUAAAAUGGCCACAUCAUAUAACCAUUAAUAUGUAAUUCAAUGACAUCGACCAAACAGCCAUGACGUCAAUAAACCAACUUCUAAUAGACAGGUUUUAAGGCCACGGGGCUUGUCCCUGUAGUUUCCAUGUGUGUUGUCAUAAAUACUGUGUAUUUUUAAACUUAAAUACGUGUAAAUAACUGAUGGGUAGAAUGUAGGUCGAUUUUGAUCCAACCUAAUCCGACUGUGAAGAAUUAAAGGCAUUCCACAGUACAGAAGUGGGUAGGGAAGGCAAAAGAAGUUUCAAUAGUUUUAUUUUAGUUGUGAAGAACGACCUUUUCCGGAAGUAAAACAUAGUUUACAUUCUUUGUGACAUGGUUUUGGGUAGUAAGCAGUUGAAUAAUUGUUACAAAAGAAGAUUUUAUCAGAUAUUGGAUCAAAAAGCAUUCACAUAUUUUCGAAAAAAUCUAUCGACAUUAUAAAUUUGUGUUUAUGUCAAACGCCACAAGCUACCUAAUAAGGAAUGUCAUGUGGGUUCUUGAUGAUAAAUUUUCAAAUAAAAAAGAUAUUCAAUAAAAUAAUGAAAAUAGUGGGUUAAAUUUAUUUCUGGUGACAAAAAAGCAAAUAUCGUUCUUAAAAUAUAUGAAAUCACUACAAAGCAUCAAGACAUUGUUGAUUUUGUAGUUCUGACAAUUUUGACAUAAAAGCAUUUCAAUUUUAAUAUUAAAACAUUUCCGAAUUAAAAUGUAAAUGUUUUUUUUUUUCAUCGGAACUCUGAUAAAAUUUCUUCCUUAACAUUUGCUACACAUGUUGCAAUAUAUUAUUUAUGCUCGCUAAAUAUUGAACCUAAAGCUAAAUGAAAAUGUAUUGUAAAUAAGUAAUAGGAUAAUAGAACUUUAUUGAAACGAUAAAAACAUUACUUGUUAUGCGACGUACCAUUCUUGAUUAACAUUCCCUUUUCCUUUAUUUAAAAAUUAUUUGCGCAUUCUUUUUCGUAAAGCUUAGAUGUCACUUUACCAUUAUGUCGAGAAGAAUUGUUCAUUGAUUUAAUAGGUGCAUUCUCUCACCAUUUGGUACUAUGCAGGCUACAUUGGCUACAUAGGCUGCAUGGUGCAGCCAACUUGUUCACUACACAGAUUAUACAUCGCUAUCUUAACUUACAAAUGUGUGUAUGGUAUUUCACCAGAAUGUGUUCAAAACCUUGUAGCUUGUAAGACGUGUAAUUUUCAUCUCAGAAAUGAAAGCUGUGUAGAUGUUCCAUCAGUAGGAAUAACUAAAUAUGAGAAGGACUCUUUCCGCUUUGAGGCUAGUCAGGUAUGGAAUAGCCUUCCAAAGGAAUUAAGGUGCUCAAAAAACUAACCUGGAAUUUAGAAGGCUGACGCGCACCUGGACAGGUCCCUCUUGUUAAUGCUCAAUGUGCAAAUAAAACUUUAUUGCUUUAAAAAAAGAAGCAGAAGACAUUAAGAAUUAUAGUAUGUUUUACUGAAUAACUUUUAUCCUUUGUCUUAACGGAAAAGUAGUUUUGUUUUGAGUGGGAUGGCGUACACACACUGGACAUUUUGAAUAAAAAUAACAAAUAAUCAUAAUAAAUAACAUGGGCUUAUAUAUAUUCAUGAUUGUUUCAAAUUUAUAUAACAUCUGUCGAACACAUACAACUACUUAUGAGUUUUUUCGGCAAGUAUUAUGUUUUAAAUAGUUGUUAUGACUUGACAUUUUUAAUUAACAUUUGAACACAGUGGUAGGUGCUGAUAUUGUCAGGACAGUGGCCGGGUGUAGGUUUGGAUGGUUAACUGUACAUAGGAAUUUCUCAAAGCGGCUCAACAAUGCCUUUUUACGCUACUGUUUCUGACAAUAUCAGCAAAAUCAAGUAGUAUCUAAAUUACAUAAUAAAUAUAAUACCUCCUCUAAUCCAUACUUUCCCAAGGUUUUUCCUAUCAAGCUAGAUUAAUUAUGACUUUUUUACCAUUUACACAUGAAUGUACCAUGCUGUUAUGCCGAUGUAUAUAAUGCUACUUACAAUUUUUCUAUUUCAAUGUCUACGAUUGUCCUUUAAGUUAUACUUUUGAAAGAACUAACCAUUUUACAGUCGUUUGUCAACUAGCGGAACCGUGCGCGUGUGGAUUGCCCGUACAGCCGGGAAAACUUGUUGAUGUUACCACUGUGUUCAAUGCUCUAAUCCAACUUACGUAAUUGUAUGCAUGAAUAUAAUAACCAACCGCUUGUUCCAAUAUUUGUUUUUUAACCUAUAUGCUUUUAUUUCCAGGGCACAUGCUCAUUGAUAUGUUUUUGAUAUGUUAUAUACAUGUAUGUUUGUUAUUUAUGUUGUCGGAAAAAAGCUCAUUGAGCUAAUGUUUAUUGUUAACAUAUACCAGACUUUUAAAAAAGAAGAUUCUUGUAUACUGUA